CACUUUUUAUCCAACGUUUACUGGCGUAUUACUGUCUGCUUAUUGGAAGAUUGCGCUUGCGCUAGUAUAGGCAACUCAUGGGCAACUCUCAUAUUGUUCUUGCUUUGACAUAUUCCUGAUCAUUGUUGUAAUAUGACAACCUCCAGUGUUCCUAAGGAUGUUAGCUCAUAUUUGAGCCAAAUGCAAAAUGUGGUAGACGCAGAACUGGCUGCGGACUGGGCUCAGUUGGAGGAACUAUAUAACAAAAAGCUUUGGCAUCAGCUGACACUUAAAUUAGAAACUUUUGUGAAGCAUCCUACUUUGCAAAAAGGAGAUAAUCUUGUUCAACUGUAUAACAAUUUUUUGUCGACUUUCGAAAAUAAGAUAAACCCACUGUCGUUAGUUGAAAUACUGGCACACGUUAUACAGCAAUUUCAAGAUAAUGAAGAAGCAGUUAAAUUCCUGGAAAAAACUGAAUCUAAGGUGAAAAACAAUAAUGAAGCAGUGGCUCUGUGCAAAGUGUUUGCAGGGCAAAUUUUGCUCGAUAAACUCAAUGAUCAAGACAGAGCCAAGAAGAUCAUCGAAGAUGUUGAGGUGAUGCUUGACAAUGCGGAUGGCAUUACCACAGUACAUGGUAGAUUUUAUCUUCUGGCCAGUCGUCUUUAUAGACUACAAGGCAAACAUGCCGAAUAUUACCGUACUGCUCUAAGGUAUCUCGGAUGUAUUCAGCUGAAUACCCUAAGUAGAUCGGAACAAGAACAGCAUGCAUUUUUCCUGGGACUAGCAGCUCUUCUUGGUGAAGGUAUCUACAAUCUCGGAGAGCUAUUAGCUCAUCCAGUGCUAGAAUCAUUGAAGGGCACAGCUAAUGGCUGGUUGGUGGAUCUGCUUCAGGCAUUUAAUUCUGGUAAUAUAGCAGCAUUUGAGAAAUUAAAACCACAAUGGAGUAAGGUCGCCGACUUGGUCGCUCAAGAAUUAAAGUUAAGGCAAAAAAUAUCCCUACUGUGCCUCAUGGAAAUGACUUUCAAGCGACAAGCCAACCAUCGCCAAUUGACCUUUGCGGAAAUUUCACAAGAAACACGUUUGCCAAUUGGUGAAGUUGAACUGCUUGUGAUGAAAGCACUGGCACAAGGACUCGUUCGUGGAGCAAUCGAUCAAGUUGCUGGCACUGUCAACAUGACGUGGGUGCAACCACGAGUACUGGAUCGCAGUCAAAUCGCCAGAAUGGUACAGAGAUUAGAAGGCUGGUGCAAGGAUGUAAACGCAAUGGAACAUCUUCUUGAUACGAGAGCUUCCGACAUUCUGACACUUUAAUAUUGUUUCUUAUAAUAUACGGUCGGGCCACAAAAUCAGAUUCAUAAUAUAGAAAAAUUUCAAUGCCAGUAACUUAAAAAAUCUCUGAAAAUGAAACUAAUCUAGCUAAUAAUAAUAAUGAAUGAAUCGUGAUAAUCGAAAAAUAAUUCAAUAAAAUUAUUGUGCUGCUAACAGUUUCAUUAAUUUCUAUAUAACUAGGCUUUAAAGUCUUUUUGUCACUGACACCUUUAUAACUUAUACGUUAAAUUUGAUAAUACCUAAUUGAACAGUAAAUGAGUUUUCUUAACAUUAGUGUCGUAAACUUUUAUUGAAAAAUGGAAAAUAAGAAAUUGUCAGCAAAGUCUUCUUGAUAUCAAAGAUAUAUGUAAUAUCAAGGAGUCGUAAAAAAAA